CUUAUAGAGUUAAAUGUAAAAUAAUCUGUCAAUUGCAGAUUUGACAUUCUUAUUUGUCCCGCGCGCACAGGAAUUGUGCGUUUUGCGUUUUGUCUUGUCCUUAAAUUUCUCCGAAGUCCCUACACACAGACACGAUGGGUAGGGAGGACAAGGCUACUUGGAAGACCAAUUACUUCACCAAGAUUAUCCAAUUGCUGGAUGAGUACCCCAAAUGUUUCAUUGUGGGCGCCGACAAUGUGGGCUCCACCCAGAUGCAGCAGAUCCGUAUCUCCCUCAGGGGCCACAGCAUUGUCCUCAUGGGCAAGAACACCAUGAUGCGUAAGGCCAUCAAGGACCAUCUGGAGACCAACCCAGCUCUCGAGCAGCUGCUGCCCCACAUCAAGGGCAAUGUCGGAUUUGUCUUCACCCGUGGUGACCUUGUUGAGGUCCGUGACAAGCUGCUGGAGAACAAGGUGCGUGCCCCCGCCAGGCCCGGUGCCAUCGCUCCCCUGGAGGUCAUCAUCCCAGCCCACAACACCGGUCUCGGUCCCGAGAAGACUGCCUUCUUCCAGGCUCUGUCCAUCCCCACCAAGAUUUCCAAGGGUACCAUUGAAAUCAUCAACGAUGUGCACAUCUUGAAGCCCGGCGACAAGGUGGGCGCCUCCGAGGCCACCCUCCUCAACAUGUUGAACAUCUCUCCCUUCUCGUACGGUCUUGUUGUGAAGCAGGUGUACGACUCUGGCACCAUCUUUGCCCCCUCAAUCCUGGACAUCAAGCCGGAGGACCUCCGCGCCAAGUUCAUGGAGGGAGUGGCCAACGUAGCCGCUGUGUCUCUGUCCAUUGGCUACCCCACAGUGGCCUCCGCUCCACACUCGAUUGCCAACGGUUUCAAGAACCUGCUGGCCAUCGCUGCCGUCACCGAGGUUGAGUUCAAGGAAGCGACCACCAUCAAGGAGUUCAUUAAGGACCCCAGCAAGUUCGCAGCGGUUGCCGCUGUCGCAGCGCCCGCUGCCGCGGCGCCGGCCGCCAAGAAGGAAGAGGAGAAGAAGCCCGAGAAGGAAGACUCUGAGAGUGAUGACGACAUGGGCUUCGGACUCUUUGACUAGACACACACACUGCAUAGUCAUCAUACACGUGGCUAUAGUCAUCAUACACGUGGCUAUAGUCAUCAUACACGUGGCUAUAGUCAUCAUACACCUGACUAAAGUCAUCAAACACCUGACUAAAAGAGCAAAUGUCAUCAGCUCUUUGACUACAUGUAUUCAAUCUUUUGUACCACUUUUGUCACCUUUCAUUGUCAUUCAGUUUCCAUAAUGAAACAUCUGUGGCUGCUCGUCCGUUUGCGCCGCCGGGUGGGACGCCCGUAUGGCGGCCUUAUGUUUGAAUAAAGCUACUUUGAUGGA